CAAUUACACAUUAACACAUUAAAACGAUACGUUGCAAUAUGAGUAAGUCGUACGUUUCACGUAUUGUGAAAGUUGGAAAUAUAAAAGAAUUGAAUUUUCGACGGUCUGUGUCCAUAUCACAGGCUCCAACUGGAAUUCAAGGUGAUAUUUCAACAACGACUACCUAUGAAGAAAAUAUCAAAAAUGCCGAAAAUUUAAAGGCCGGCAACGUAUUGGAAACUGCUGAAUUCAAAGCAUUAGGAACACCGCAAUCUGUUUUGUCCAUCAAUUGUCCUCCUUCAGUACCUGUGUAUCUUAGAAGAGGUUCAUUAUUGUCAAUAUAUGGACUAAACGACAGUUCUUCUAUAAAGAAUGUUAGAAGUUCUAUAAAUUUCAUAAAUCCAAUUCGAAGACUCUUAUUUGGUAUCAAUACAUCGUCUUACCAGAGAUUAGAAUCGACAACACCAUUCUCCUUAUUGAUUUCAGCAACAUAUAGAAAGUUUUCGAUUUUCAAGAAAUCUGACAAUAAGUCGUUUGUGACUAUUUCUUUGGAUGGUUCUACAGAUUGGUCUAUUUUGUACAGAGAUGCCUUGCAAGUUUAUACUGGAAAUUCAUUAACAGUCUCUCAGUACAGAGUGCCUCGUACAAUUUCCAGAAAAUUGUCGAGAACUUUGAAUAUUCCGAGCAAUACUACCACAGGUCUCUUCAAGUGGAACAAAUCUGGAUUUAUUUUCUUGAGUGGAAGAGGUCAAGUUGGAUUGGUUGGUAAUGGUGCAAUCUACAACAUAAACUUAGAUGACAAAGAAGAGCUACUUAUCAAUAGAGACAAUUUAUUAGGAUUAACAGUGAAUGGACCCUUCGACUUACAAAACUGUGUUGUAGAACACAACUUCACAACACACGAAAAACGCAGCGAAUCCUCGUCUGUCGUACAGAAACCUCUCGGUAUUUCUGUCAUUUUGAAACAGCAAACAACUGUUAGACACAAGUUCAAACAAAUUUGGUCAUUGUUUCAGUACCACCUAGAAGCAAGUUUCAGUUUUCUUAGGGGCAGCAGAAAUAAAACGAACAAUUUCUUAGUUGGUAAUCAGAACUUUGUCAAGAUUAUAGGUCCACGAAACUUAUUGUUGCAGUCAAGUUCAGAAACCAGUCAUAUCGAAACCCCUACUCCGAAGAGAAAAAAUGGUGUAGAAGUAGCCAAUGUUACUGGACCUAAACAGACUUCAGCUGAUUACUUAAGUUACGUUACUGUAACUCCUGGGCAAGGUGUCAAAUUUGAGAGCACACCAGACUUUAAGGAUACGGUAGAUAAAAUCGAAAGAAAGUAGAUACAUUAUAGAAGAAAUAUGCAAUCUUACAUGCAACAUAGUCCUAGGGCUCCUCUU